AUGAUUUCAUUAAUUAGUAGUUGUUGGAUGUACUUAGCAAUUAUUUUAUCUGUAUCCAAAAUUUUCUACAUAGAAAAUAAUAAAAAAGGCAAAUCAUUACCAUCUUUGUCAAUCAUUUUAACAUUUCUUCUUUUUACUGCUAAUUGCUUAGAAUGUCGUGGUGAUUUUUGUUUUAAUUUUCCAAAAAAUUUAACAAUCAAAGGGGCUGAUUAUCGUCAAACAUACAAUACAACUCAAAGAUCCUGUGCAAAAGCAUGUUUAGAUGAUUUUUGUUGUAUGGCAUAUGAAUGGAUUGAUAAUAAUGAAGGAAUAUGUACUCAUAAAACUAGAUCUCUUAAUGGAACUGUUGAAAAAAAAAUGGAUGCAUUUUUUGGACUAUGUUUAGAUCUCAAUGAUUAUGAUAGAGGUAAAUUUUCAGAUCAUAUAAUUGAAGGUACCGAAUUAGCAAGAAUCAAUGGUAUUACCUUACAAAGUUGUGAAAGUUAUUGUUUAAAUUUUGGUGAUAAUUAUAAAAUAUAUUCAUGGUAUUCUAAUAUGCAUCGUAUAUUAUUUGAAGAUGAAGAAAAAGAAAAUAAUGAAAUAGGUGAAUGUUUUUGUUUGGAUAAUAUUGAAGGAAUUCAAUUACAAUAUGGUUCAACUUCUGGAUUAUUAAGAUAA